AUUUGUUUCUGUCUGCCCUUUGCAUUGCCGGAUUCUGAGUUUGCAUCCAUUUUCUGUUCUUACUAUCUCCUGUGCAAAUUAAGGUCAUUACUUAGGAAAGUUUUUUCAGGAUCGUUGCUAGUAAAAACAGCAGCCUAUGAAUAAACAAAAUUCGUCUUGGUUAAUCGAUUAAAAGCCGGUCGUUCGCCAGGAAAAGAUGGCUCAAAAACGGAAAGCAGACGGUCAAGUGCCAGCCGAAGAAAAUGACCUACUUCUGAUACGACCGCUGGGUGCCGGUCAAGAGGUUGGCCGUUCGUGCAUUAUGCUGGAGUUUAAGGGUAAAAAGAUCAUGUUGGACUGCGGAAUUCACCCGGGACUGUCCGGUAUGGAUGCUCUUCCGUUCGUGGAUCUGAUCGAAGCGGACGAAGUGGAUCUACUGUUCAUUUCGCACUUUCAUCUGGAUCACUGUGGAGCUUUGCCGUGGUUUCUGCAGAAGACCAGCUUCAAGGGACGCUGCUUUAUGACGCACGCCACGAAGGCGAUCUACCGGUGGAUGUUGUCCGAUUACAUUAAGGUGAGCAACAUUAGUACCGAACAGAUGCUGUACACGGAGGCGGAUUUGGAAGCCAGUAUGGAAAAAAUCGAAACGAUAAAUUUCCACGAGGAACGGGACGUGAUGGGCGUUCGGUUUUGGGCUUACAAUGCCGGCCAUGUGCUGGGAGCGGCAAUGUUUAUGAUUGAGAUUGCGGGGGUGAAGAUACUGUAUACGGGUGAUUUCUCCCGGCAGGAAGAUCGCCAUUUGAUGGCUGCAGAAAUUCCCGCCAUGAAACCGGACGUUUUGAUAACGGAAUCCACUUAUGGCACUCACAUUCACGAAAAGCGAGAAGAUCGCGAAAGUCGUUUCACUUCGCUGGUGCAGAAAAUUGUACAGCAGGGGGGACGGUGUUUGAUUCCGGUUUUUGCCCUUGGCAGAGCUCAGGAGUUGUUGCUAAUUUUGGAUGAGUACUGGAGUCAAAACCCGGAACUGCAGGAAAUUCCGAUCUACUAUGCGUCGUCGCUGGCGAAGAAGUGUAUGGCCGUUUAUCAGACCUACAUUAAUGCUAUGAAUGAUAAAAUUCGACGGCAGAUUGCCGUCAACAAUCCGUUCGUUUUUCGGCACAUUUCCAAUCUCAAGGGGAUCGAUCAUUUCGAAGACAUCGGACCGUGCGUUGUGAUGGCAUCGCCCGGUAUGAUGCAAAGCGGUCUCUCUCGGGAACUGUUCGAGACCUGGUGUACCGAUUCGAAAAAUGGUGUCAUCAUUGCCGGUUACUGCGUCGAAGGAACGCUAGCCAAGACGAUUCUUUCGGAACCGGAAGAAAUUACAAGCAUGUCCGGGCAGAAGUUGCCCCUGAAUAUGUCUGUUGAUUAUAUUUCCUUUUCGGCUCACACUGACUAUCAGCAGACGAGCGAAUUUAUCCGGCUUCUGAAACCGGCCCACGUAAUUCUGGUGCACGGUGAACAGAAUGAAAUGAACCGACUUAAGUCGGCAUUGCAACGGGAAUACGAAAAUGAUCCGAACGCAAACAUCACGCUAUACAAUCCGAAAAACACCCACGCCGUAGAACUGUAUUUUAGGGGCGAGAAGACAGCCAAGGUGAUGGGAACGCUUGCUGUCAAAAAUCCGGAGGAAGGCCAAAAGCUGUCCGGUGUGCUGGUGAAGAGGGAUUUCAAGUACCAUCUGCUUGCGGCUUCCGAUCUGUCAAAAUAUACCGACAUGAGCAUGUCGGUGGUCACCCAACGGCAGAGUAUCCACUGGCAGGGUUCGAUCGUUAGCCUGAAGCUGCUGCUGGAGCGAAUUGGUGGUCCGGGAACGGUCACCGUCGAAACGCCGGAAAAUGAGAAAAAAAUCAAAGUUUUCGAUUGCGUCGAUCUGACCUUCGACGGGAAGAUUGUCAUCAUGGAAUGGCAGGCGACACCGGUGAAUGACAUGUACGCGGACACGGUGCUGGCCAGUUUACUGCAAGCGGAACUGGCCGGCAGUAUGGUGAAAGGUGCCACCGCCAGCAAGCCGGACAAGAUGCACUUCAAGGAGUGUCUGAUCGAAACGCUGCAGGACAUGUUCGGCGAAAGUUCCGUACCGAAGCUUUUUAAGGGGGACAACCUGAGUGUGACCGUGCACGGGAAGCAGGUGGAGAUCAAUUUAAGCACGCUGGAAGUAACCUGCGAACAGGAUGAAACUUUGUACCAGACAGUGAAAACGACGGUUAACAAAUUGCACCAGAAUUUAGUGCAAGUGUCAUAGACAUUUUUGCUUCUGAUUAAUAUUUCACUUGUUUCAUCGAAUUGAUUCCAUUCUAAAUAUAAACUCUAAACAUUGAA